GCAAUGGAGAAGAAGACAUACAAAAUGUUGAGAGCGAUUUUUUAGAUGUUUCAAACCUCAGGCCUGAGUACAAUAUUUACAAAGCUGUGUAUUCUCUAGCGUAUGCCCUUGAUGAUGUGAUGAAGUGUGAGCCAGGGAGAGGGCCUUUCAGUGGGCACAGCUGUGCCAAUUUUCAAACUUUGGAGCCAUGGCAGCUUGUUCAUUAUUUACAAAAGGUUAACUUCACCACAUCAUUUGGUGAUCAAGUUUCAUUUGAUGAGAAUGGAGAUGUGCUACCAAUCUAUGAUGUCAUCAACUGGCUGUGGCUCCCCGAUGGAAAAAUUAAAGUUCAAAAUGUGGGUGAUGUUAAGAGGUCUGAUUUCAAAGGUGAAGUUCUUAAAAUUGAUGAAGACAAAAUCUUCUGGAACUUUAUUACUAAAAAGCCACCUCAGUCAGUAUGUAGUGAGAGCUGUCCUCCAGGUACCCGCAUGGCCAGAAAGAAAGGGGAACCUGAAUGCUGUUUCGACUGUGUCCCUUGUUCUGAGGGGAAAAUCAGCAAUACAACUGACUCCAUAGAGUGCACAAGUUGUCCAGAGGACUUCUGGUCCAGCCCAAAGCAUGACAUCUGUGUGCCUAAGAAGACCGAGUUUCUCUCUUUUCAUGAGCCGUUGGGUAUCUGCUUGACAACUGCCUCAUUGCUGGGCACAUUUCUCUGUUCUGUCGUCCUGGUAAUCUUCAUCCAUCAUCGCAGCACACCCAUGAGAAAGUUUCAACUUAAUGAAAUGCACAAGCCUGGAGAUGUGGUUCUUGGUGGGCUAUUUGAGGUGCACUAUUCCUCUGUUUUCCCUGAGUGGACUUACACCUCAGAGCCACAAUGGCCCAUCUGCAAAGGGUUUAAAACUCUAGGGUUCAGGCAUGCAAUGACCAUGGCCUUUGCUAUUGAUGAGAUCAACAGGAGCUCCGAUCUGUUACCUAAUGUGACUCUAGGAUACAGUCUGUAUGACAACUGUGGUGCACUUAUCAUUGGAUUCAGUGGUGGAUUAUCACUUGCCAGUGGCAGAGAAAAGCACUAUGUGUUUGAGGAGAACUGUUUAGGGACCCCUCCAGUCAUGGGGAUAGUUGGUGAUUCUGCCUCUACAUUUUCCAUUGCCACUUCCAAUGUGCUGGGUUUAUACAAAAUGCCUAUUGUGAGUUAUUUUUCCACUUGUUCCUGCCUUAGUCAUCGGCAACGGUUCCCAUCCUUCUUUAGAACAAUCCCAAGUGAUGCUUUCCAGGUGCGUGCAGUGAUACAGAUUCUGCAACACUUCAGCUGGACUUGGGUCGGCCUGCUAGUCAGUGAUGGUGACUAUGGACUCCAUGUUGCUCGAUCCUUCCAAUCUGAUCUGACUCAAUCCAGUGGAGCUUGUCUGGCCUACUUAGAAGUUUUGCCCUGGGACAGUGACCCAGCUAAACUUAGUAGGAUUGUUGAUGUGAUGAAGACAUCCACAGCCCGUGUGGUUAUGGUUUUUGCACAGGAGUUUCACAUGAUACAUCUUAUGGCAGAGGUGCUUAGGCAGAAUGUGACAGGCUUACAGUGGAUAGCAAGUGAAGCCUGGACAGCAUCUACUGUGCUUCAGACACCCGAACUCAUGCCGUACCUGAAGGGCACGCUCGGCAUUGCCAUCCGUCGAGGGGAAAUACCAGGACUGAAGGAGUUUUUAAUACAAAUACAUCCUGACAAAGUUAACAAUGACAGCUCUGGAACAAGCAUGGUGAGGCAGUUUUGGGAAUCCACAUUUCGGUGUAAAUUUGCUUCACCGGGUUGGCUGAAAGCUGGGGAAACACUCUGCAAUGGAGAAGAAGACAUACAAAAUGUUGAGAGCGAUUUUUUAGAUGUGUCAAACCUCAGGCCUGAGUACAAUAUUUACAAAGCUGUGUAUUCUCUAGCGUAUGCCCUUGAUGAUGUGAUGAAGUGUGAGCCAGGGAGAGGGCCUUUCAGUGGGCACAGCUGUGCCAAUUUUCAAACUUUGGAGCCAUGGCAGCUUGUUCAUUAUUUACAAAAGGUUAACUUCACCACAUCAUUUGGUGAUCAAGUUUCAUUUGAUGAGAAUGGAGAUGUGCUACCAAUCUAUGAUGUCAUCAACUGGCUGUGGCUCCCCGAUGGAAAAAUUAAAGUUCAAAAUGUGGGUGAUGUUAAGAGGUCUGAUUUCAAAGGUGAAGUUCUUAAAAUUGAUGAAGACAAAAUCUUCUGGAACUUUAUUACUAAAAAGCCACCUCAGUCAGUAUGUAGUGAGAGCUGUCCUCCAGGUACCCGCAUGGCCAGAAAGAAAGGGGAACCUGAAUGCUGUUUCGACUGUGUCCCUUGUUCUGAGGGGAAAAUCAGCAAUACAACUGACUCCAUAGAGUGCACAAGUUGUCCAGAGGACUUCUGGUCCAGCCCAAAGCAUGACAUCUGUGUGCCUAAGAAGACCGAGUUUCUCUCUUUUCAUGAGCCGUUGGGUAUCUGCUUGACAACUGCCUCAUUGCUGGGCACAUUUCUCUGUUCUGUCGUCCUGGUAAUCUUCAUCCAUCAUCGCAGCACACCCAUGGUACGAGCCAACAAUGCAGAACUGAGUUUCCUCCUCCUAGUGUCACUUAAACUAUGUUUCCUGUGUUCACUUCUGUUUAUCGGCCACCCCAGAUUAUGGACGUGCAAGUUGAGACAUGCAGCAUUUGGUAUAAUCUUUGUGCUUUGUGUCUCAUGUAUUCUGGUGAAAACUAUGGUGGUUCUUGCUGUGUUCAAAGCCUCUAAGCCAGGAGGUGGAGCUGUUCUCAAGUGGUUUGGUGCCAUGCAACAGAGAGGGACAGUCCUGGUUCUUACUUCUAUUCAGGCAGUAAUUUGCACCAUCUGGAUUGUCAUCUCCUCACCAUCUCCACAUAAGAACACCAAAUACUACAAUGACAAGAUAGUGUAUGAAUGUGUUGUUGGGUCCACCAUUGGCUUUGUUGUCUUAUUGGGUUACAUUGGCUUUCUGGCAAUCCUCAGCUUCCUGCUUGCAUUUCUGGCAAGGAAUCUUCCUGACAACUUCAAUGAGGCCAAACUCAUCACUUUCAGUAUGCUUAUUUUCUGUGCUGUGUGGGUGGCCUUUGUCCCUGCUUAUGUCAACUCACCAGGCAAAUAUGCAGAUGCAGUGGAAAUAUUUGCCAUCCUAGCCUCCAGUUUUGGCCUGUUGGUGGCACUGUUUGGACCCAAAUGUUACAUAAUCCUGCUGAGACCAGAGAGGAACACAAAAAAAGCAAUAAUCGGGAGAGGAACCACCAAUUUGUCAAAGUAGCAACUGUUAAACUUUCAUGUGGUCUUAACCAGUUUGUAUGUUGCGUUUGUUCAGUAGAAAUCUCCCUGAAGUCAGUUU